CUUUCUUCCUCGCUUCUCCGCUCUCUCGGUGAAAGGGAAGGUACUUCUCUCACGGGCGUGUUGGGUCAGGCUUCCAACCCUUUCCUCCGAUUAUAAAUGUGCAGAGCAUUCGCGAGCCUCAGCCAAAGCUAUAAACUUCAACCGGCCACAAGAGUGUGCACGUGAGGUGACUGCAAUUUUUUCCUGCCAAACCAGAAUUAGCCGGUAUAGGAAUGAACGAGCGUGGAGAUUUGAAAUUGCACCGAUUGGAAGAAAGCCCGAGUUAGGUUCGGGCACCUCCAAACGUACCCUUUUUAAAGCCACACAGGACUGAGGCCUGGAGCUCGGAGCUCCACGACACGCUCACCUGGCCUGGCAGCGAGCGGCAGAGGGGCCCCGGGCGCCGGGCGCCGAGCGCACGGAGCCGGCCGGAGAGCCGAGCCGCAGCCCCCGGCAUCUCCAUCCAGGAUGCUGGGCGACAUUGCAACAAAUCUCUACGCCCAGCCUCUCAGGGGGCUCCGAGGAAAACUGCAAGUUCGCGGAUCCGGGCCGGGAGCCGAGUGAGGCCGCAGCCCCGCGGGCUGCGGGCGAAAAUCUUGGAAAAUGUAUACAAGUCAUGAAGAUAUUGGGUAUGAUUUUGAAGACGACCCCAAAGAUAAGAAGACGCUUAAGCCCCACCCAAACAUUGACAGUGGGUGGGCUUGGAUGGUGGUUCUUUCCUCCUUCUUCGUGCACAUCCUCAUCAUGGGCUCCCAGAUGGCCCUGGGAGUCCUCAACGUGGAGUGGCUUGAAGAAUUCCACCAGAGCCGCGGCCUGACUGCAUGGGUCAGCUCCCUCAGCAUGGGCAUCACCUUGAUUGUGGGACCUUUCAUCGGCUUGUUUAUUAACACCUGUGGGUGUCGCCGGACCGCAAUAAUUGGAGGGCUGGUGAACUCCCUCGGCUGGGUAUUGAGUGCCUAUGCAGCAAACGUGCAUUAUCUCUUUAUCACCUUUGGAGUGACAGCUGGCUUUGGAAGCGGGAUGGCCUACCUGCCGGCUGUGGUCAUGGUGGGAAGGUACUUUCAGAAGAGACGCGCCCUUGCCCAGGGCCUCAGCACCACCGGGACGGGGUUUGGCACCUUCCUCAUGACGGUUUUGCUCAAGUACCUGUGCGCGGAGUACGGUUGGCGGAACGCGAUGUUCAUCCAAGGCGCUGUGUCCUUGAACUUGUGUGUUUGCGGGGCGCUCAUGAGGCCCCUCUCUCCUGGGAAGGAGCUCAACGACGACGGUGGAGGGAAGGAUCCACAGGUGGUCCCGGCUCAGUCCCCUGGAUCCAAGUCAAGCGGACAGUUGGACGGAGCAGAAGAGAAGGGUGGCGGGCCCGGGAACGAGGAGACCCUCGGGGACCUCCCCGCCCAGGCGGGCCAAGAGAAGGCAGGGCACGGCCAGAACAUGGGCGCCUUUCGGGUCCUGAAGACCGCGAGCCAGCUGACCAGGAGGGUCAAGAAGGGCUUCCGAGCCUGGUACUUGGGCUAUUUUGGAGCAGCCUCGCUCUUCACUAAUCGGAUGUUUGUCGCCUUCGUUUUCUGGGCUCUGUUUGCCUACAGCAGCUUUGUCGUCCCCUUCAUCCACCUCCCAGAAAUAGUCAAUUUGUAUAAUUUAUCCGAGCAAAACGAUGUUUUCCCUCUGACCUCAAUUAUAGCAAUAGUGCAUAUCUUUGCAAAAGUGAUCCUGGGCGUUGUGGCCGACUUACCUUGCAUCAGCGUUUGGAAUGUCUUCCUGAUGGCCAACUUCACCCUCGUCCUCAGUAUUUUCAUCCUGCCGCUGGUGCACACGUACGCCGGCCUGGCGGUCAUCUGCGCCCUGAUAGGGUUUUCCAGUGGUUAUUUCUCCCUGAUGCCCGUAGUGACUGAAGACUUGGUUGGGAUCGAGCGCCUGGCCAACGCCUACGGCAUCAUCAUCUGUGCCAAUGGCAUUUCCGCGCUGCUCGGGCCACCGUUUGCAGGUUGGAUCUAUGACAUCACAGAAAAAUACGAUUUUUCCUUCUAUAUAUGUGGCUUACUCUACAUGGUAGGAAUACUCUUUUUACUUAUUCAACCGUGUAUUCAAAUUAUCGAACAAUCCAGAAAAAAAUACAUGGAUGGCACACGUGUUUAGUGUCAUGUUAUGUUUCCCGUAAGAUUUCUCUGUGGUACCCACGCCUACCUCACAUGAUUGCUGUGAGGAGCCUGUGACAUUGUGGGGAAGGGCUUUGGAUGGUAACUGGCACUGUCUUUUGUAAAUGCCAUAGUCGUGACUUCGUUCGAAAGCAGCACUGCCUUUCCGUUUGGGGAGAAGCAAUGCUGGGAGGUAUUAAAGCCUGCAUAUGUCUUAGAGAAGACAAUGUCCUUCGAAGACACCCUAUUAAAUAGUCGGUAGAAAUGCCCUUACAAAAACUAUUCUCUCUCAUCAUCCCCUGGGACUAAGGUUUUAGCUACAGCUUUUGAAACAAACAUGGGGAAUAAAAUCUUUUCAACUCAACUACUCUUUGUAAGGUGGAAAUUAACCAAAUGCUUUUGGAAAGCUUACAGAGGACUGGGUUUCAAGCACAAGAGUAUAACUAGGUUUCAGAACUUGUUACAGGGAGCUGUUGAUCUACUAGUGAAAAGCAGGCUCUAAUUUCAAAAGUAAUACCUUUAGUACAAUCAGAGAAACACAGGUUAUAUUUUUAUGAAAGAAUCCUGCAGCUGGGGAGUACGGUUUCUAAAUCUUCCUCUAAGAAAAUCAUCUGCCGUCAAUCCUAAUUCAAUAUCUAGCUAUAAACUGAACCUUAAGACAAAAUGUAGAUAAAUAAUAAUGAUUUCCUUAGUGAGAGUUCGUAUUUGUCACACAAACAUUGAAUCAAGGGCUAUGAUUCAAGCACUUUUAUUCAUAUCAUUGGCCUCUUCGUUUUGGGGGCAUGAUCUGGGGUUUAUAAAAAAAAAAAAAUUUCUGGAUUUCUCCCACCCAAUAAAUCAAGCAGAGAAGUAAUUGCUGGCUGGUAUCUAAAGCUGGCAGUUAAUCAUUUUUAAAGUGUGUUACUAAUCCAAAAUGUGAGACUAUCAAAUUGUGAGGUUCAUAAACAGAAUUCCCUUAGUCUAGAUGUCUGUGCACCUGACAAUGGAGUAGUGCUAACCAGUAGCCCUUCUCCAGAGUCUCUUGUUAGGGAGACAGUUCAUUUGCCUGAGCUCGUCGAGGUUCCAAAAAUAGUUCUCUUGACUGAUUUCGUGCACAAAAGAUAACUGUGGUCCAUGACAUCAAAUAAUGCUCUUCCUUUAUCUGAGAUGUUUAUUUUUCUAAGCCAGAACAGUUUUCGGACUACAGAAUGUUCUUCCCAGAUUUUGAAAUUUCUGGCCGCCUUAUUUGUUUACACAUAUUUUAGAACCGUGUAAAUUUCUACUUACAAUUUGCUCCUCACACACGUAAAAAUCCUUUAAUAUCAUUGCCCAAUGUCUUGGGUCAAAUUUAUCUAAAGUGAGCACAGACCAUUCUGUUAUCCUUGGUAAUUAGAAGCAGGGACAGUACUAACAAUUGGAAUCACAGAAUGUUACCCCAAGUUUCGUUUUAGCCAAUAGUUUCAGGUUUUUCCUCCACCAAAUGCUUCAGAGCUGUUGACAAGGGAUUACGGGGACUAAUUUCCUUUUUGCUUUGUCUCCAUUAUUUCCUGUUCCGAUGUCUCGUGGGAGGAGUUGUGUGAUUAAAGGGACCACCAAAAUCACAAUAAUAAUAAAAGGCAGCUAAUGGAAAGGAGAAACAAAAGCAUAGUUAGUAUGCACACUCAAUAUUACCUCUAAUGACUCAAGAAUCGCCUGUAAAUUGUUAUAGAUAAUAAAUCGCAUGCAUACUUCAUUUGGUUCAACACAACGACCUAUUUGUUAUCAUUACAGCUUUGGCUGCUGUUUAAGAAUCCAGCUGUCUAUUUUGAUAAAGGUAUUCUUAAAUCCUGAGGCAAUGCUCUAUCUCUCUAUAUGUAUUUACUGUAAUAUCAGAUAACUAGAUUGAGAAAAAAAAAAACAAAACUUGUUUUAAAACUGACUACAAGCCUUCCAUUACUUUCAUGUUCAGACAACACCAAAUUAACAAGAGGCGGUGUUCAGUAUUUUGAAUGGUGCUAUAGACCAUGCAUUUUGAUGUUCACACUGCUGGCUGUGCAUCAUAAACAUGAACUUUUUAUCCAGUUCCCCAGCUUUCGUUACACCCGAGUUAGACCCGCUGAGGUGCAGUUCAUACAGCUGUUUGUUGACUUUCUGCAUUUGUGGAAGGGUGAUUUCUACCAAAUCAGAAGUUCCCAUUUUACAAAAACAGUAAAACCUGCUUGCAGCGUUCAUGUGGACAACAGAAUAAAAGAGAAUGCCAUGAAGAAUUACAGCAAACAUAUUAACACUUCCUGUUUAAACUAUGUUAUUAUUCACAGUUGACAAUAUUAUAAAUGGUUCAUUGUAUAUUUAUACCACGUGCUUUAUAGCGUUCCCCCUCCCCCACACACAUAUCCAAGCGACUUUUAUUUACAUAAGAUGAAAUAAAUUUUGUCCUCUUUAAA